AUAUUAGACUCGUAGACAAGUAAAGCUCUAUUUAUUUAUCCAGCAUCAUCAUCGGCCAUUUCCUCCUCGUGGAACAGCAGGCUACUGUUACAUCCUCUGUAGUUGUAAAUUGACGUUUCCUGACAUGGCAGCACAGGGGUUAAACGUGUCUCCUCCUUCUCCACUGGCCAGACCGUGACGAGCUCAGGUGAUAGUUCACCGUGCAAACUCACAGACCCCGGGCAUCUUUAAGCAUCACACAAAUGUGGGUGGGGUCGCUUUGAUGCGCAUCCAGACAUCAAUGUGCAAUCCCCAAAGUCUAUUUAAACUUCAGUAAGAACAAAUAACCUGCAGGAGGAGAGAAAGAGGGGCGUGAGGGCUCUACGUUCACUAGUCUCAGGCAAAGAUCGGUGAGAGCAGAGACUUGUAUAAAGCUUUAAGGAGGAAUAACCCUGACUGGACAGGGUGAGGGACCGAGCCCUUGCAAGCCUUCGAGUCGUGAGUAGGACGUUUAUUUGCACGUCAAUCCCCCAUCUAGAGUUUUUCUGCGCAUCUUUUUCUCGCCAGUAUUUAUCAUCAUGGCAUGGCCGUGCAUCACGCGUGCUUGCUGCAUCAACCGCUUUUGGACCGAGCUGGACAAAGGGGACAUCGCGGUGCCUUUGGUUUUUAGCAAAUACUCGGAUGUGGCCGCGGUGCAUCAUCUUCCCCAUCACCUGCAGCCGAGACAGAAGAGGGCCGGGGCCAUUGCCAUAGAAACCCAGCCCCAUCCCGGCGAGCAUGAGGCUGAGAAGGCACCGCCCGCGACGGGUGCCGCAGCGGGCAAAGAUGGCUCUGCUGCUUCCGUCAUGCGCCAAGACUUCAAGGCGUGGAAAGUGCGUCCCGAGCCCAGCUGCAAGCCCAGAAAUGAGCUCCAACGCUCGGCGGCCCCGUUCAAUAACGAAACUCAGUACCAGAAGGAUUAUAAAGCCUGGCCUAUACCGAAGAAGCACGAUCACCCCUGGAUCCCCAAACCCAGCCCCACCGCCACCUCCUCCGCUGGGCCAGAGCGGAGCGCAGGGAGCGGUAAAGUGGAGCAUGCGGCCACAGAGGCCGAGAGCGGCGUGGAGAAGAGCGAGAUCGAGGAGAAAACACAAGCGAAAGAGUCAAAGGAGCCGAUUAAGAGAAGCGUGAAGAGGGAAAAGUCAGCAGAGAGACAAACUGCUGAGAAGACGGAGGAACAGAUGCCUGCAGAUGUGAGCGCCGAGCAGAGGAAAGGCAGAGCAGCUGCAGACGCUCUCAACAGACAGAUAAAGCAGGUUAUGUCGACUUCCAGCAGCUACAGGACUGAGUUUAAGGCGUAUAAGGAUGUGAAACCAGUGAAGGCCAUUAAAGCUCCCUCUCAGUACAAACCCCCAGUGGAGGAGACCAGCCUGGAAACCAGCUACAGCGCCACAUACAAGGGGGAGCAGGUGAAGACUAACCCCACUGACAACAAGCUGGUGGAUCGCAGGAGGAUACGCAGCCUGUACAACGAGCCGAGCAAGGAGCCUGGCAAGGUGGAUAAACCAGUGUCUCGCACCAAACCAAAAAAGACACCAACAACAACAACAGGGAAGAUGGUGAAAAAAUCAAAAGAGAAGCAGAUUGCUAGUUCCCAGUCAGCCAAGAAGAAGCCGUCUUUGGGCACCCCAGAACCCAAACCAGAUGGAGUCGUCACAAAGAAGAGCAAAGAGAUCAGCAAUAGACUAGCUGAAGCGAAGCAGUAAAAGUAGUUCAUCUCUACGCUUUUAUGUGCGUGAUCAAAGGCGACUUGACGAAUUAGGGAAAUUUCUUCCUUUUGGUUUAUUUCCUUACCUGUUGUUUUUGCUGUCCUGUCAUAUAUUGUUCACCUUCGAAUGUGCACUGAUGUUGAGCUUUUAGAAUAAUGCAAAUAAUGUCACUGUAAAGUGUGUGUGUGUGUGUGUGUGUGUGUGUGUGUGUGUGUGUGUGUGUGUGUGUGUGUGUGUGUGUGUGUGUGUGUGUGUGUGAGACAAUAUGUGAUUUACUUGUAUUUUGGGUGCACAGAACCGCUUUAUAUUAUUGAGCACAUCAUUUGCACUUUGUUCAUAUGAGUUCUGUUUGAUAUCGAACUAUAAAAAAGAGCCAUCAGUACACAUGUAGUAUGCGUAUGAAAGGGCAUUUUUACCUUCGUCUGAAUGGUUGAUAACUAAGAUUAGUAUUAAAAUGAUUGUAGAAAAUGUCACGGGGAUGCUUUUUCUCCGAGACUGUUAUCACAUAAAAGGUUUUGUGAAAGUACAAAAUCAGUUUUACGGUUGCGUUUCCUAGUUACAGUGCCUCCGCUGUAUGGUCCUGGUUUUCAUUUCAUUGUUCUGGAUGAUAUCUGGUUUUAUCAGUUUGGUUGCUAAGAAACCAAAUGAAGUGUAAUAUAAUUGCUACAGCUUGCAUGCAGGACCCCUGUUUUUGGUUGAGUGGCUACAUUUUAGCAGACUUUAUGUCACACGGUCUCAUUUUAGCUUGUAAAUUGAGCCAUUAAAGAUAAAUGUAUAAGGGCAAGACCUUUUCAAAUAUAAUGCAUGUGUAGUAAUAGAUUCUGGUCACACCGAAAAACAAAAGUACAUGCACUAAAUCAUAGUCUAGUGGCUGUUAAAGCUAUGAACUAAACACACCAACGAUAUGGUUUCACCCACAAACACAUUACUUACUAAAUGGAGAUCAACUCCUUCGAUUUAAUGGGAAUACUGCAGUUGUUAUGAUGACUCCGUAUUCGUGACAUUUUACUCCAUCCUCUCCUCUGAGCUGUGACGCUGUAGUUGUGCUAAAAAAGAAAAAAAAUGUAAACAUACAGGCUGAAAAAGGAAAUCCUAUUGUACUUACUCAAUACAUGUCACUCUGAAUGGGCUGAUCUCUCCAGGUGUUGAAGGACAAGGAAUGGGCCAGGACUUGAAGUUCAGCUCUUUAAAAUGCUGCUGUCUGAAAAUGUGCAAAUCACAUCUGUUCAUUGUGAGCAUGACAUGAGGUGUUUUUACUAAACGCCUUAGCGGCCAACAUGGCGGCAGUGUGUAAGAGCCCAGUCAAGCACUACCCACCGUGAGUCUGCUUCCAGUUCUAGCUUCUGUGUGUGAGUGUGAGUGAGAAGAGUUUUUUGUGUGUGACCUCUACAGCCUGCUGCCUGCUAGCAUCAAGUCUGACCCAAACACUAGACGUGCUGCUGUGCACUCCAACACCCUGGUGCUAUAUCUCUCAUCCUAUAUGCUGUCUGGUUUGGACUGCGUGUGGCAUCAGACCAGAGUGAUGAUAUGACAACGUCAUACUGCUGCAGACAUGUGACAUUGUGCUUGUACUCUCAGCUUGCUCUGAAUGAACUCUGAUUAAAGUGAUGAUACGGAA